AGCAGCCCCUCAGCUCUGUGACUUCCGGGAGAACCACUUCCUGGGCGAGGAGGUGAAGCUCAUCAAGAAGAUGGGCGACACCUGGCUCCCCUCCACAAGCUGGCGGACCCUGAGGCUAUGCUGGCAUCAAGACACCCUAGUGCUGCAUGUAUCCCUGAAUCGGUAUGUCAAUACGGUAUGCAUUUUCCUGUUUUCCAUCUGUCUUACUUAUGUCUUACCAGCUAAAGUCCAGGAAGAGAUUGACCGCGUCAUUGGCAGAGAGCGGAGCCCCUGCAUGCAGGACAGGAGCCACAUGCCCUACACGGAUGCCAUGGUGCACGAGGUCCAGAGAUACCUUAACCUCCUCCCCACCAACCUGCCCCAUGCGGUGACCUGUGAUGUUAAAUUCAGAAACUACCUCAUCCCCAAGGGCACGACCAUUAUAACAAAUCUGACUUCUGUGCUGCGAGAUGACAAAGAAUUCCCCAACCCAGAGAAGUUUGAUCCUGGCCACUUCCUGGAUGAGGGAGGCAACUUCAAGAAGAGUGACUACUUCAUGGCUUUCUCAGCAGGAAAACGGAUGUGUGCAGGAGAGGGCCUGGCCCGCAUGGAGCUGUUUUUAUUCCUGACCACCAUCUUACAGAAGUUUACCUUGAAAGCUGUGGUCGAUGUAAAGGACCUUGAUGUCACCCCAGUUAUGAAUGGCUUUGUUUCUGUGCCGCCUCCUUACCAGCUCUGCUUCAUUCCUGUGUGAGGAA